AACGAAGGCAGAAAUUGCGCGAUUUACGAAGAUCAAGACAUCUUAGAUGCAACACCAGCGUACUUAGCAUGUCUGACGAACGGUUUGUGAAGGCAUUUCGGAUCGACAAACAUACUUUCAAAAUGAUUUUGGAGAAAGUUAAACUCCAUCUGCGUGCUUCCUCAACGCUAUCACACUCUACGCAAUUGGCUGCAGUAAUGCGAUACCUCGCCACUGGCUGCCACCAGUGGGCGGUGGCUAAGGACCACCAUAUAAAUGUUGGAAGAAGUACAUUUGGAAAGAUUAUUCACAGGUUUAUUCCCUUGAUGCAGAAUCUGUUAUGUGGUGAUGGAAUUUCGUUGCAUAUGGAUAAUCAUCAAGUGCAACAAUCCCAUGAUUAUUUCCUUGCGAAAUUUCAAUUGCCUCGAAUUUUUGGCUGUGUGGAUGGAACUCACUUCAGAAUACUAAAGCCUGUACAAAACCACUUCGUGUUCUACAAUAGCAAAGGAUUUUAUAGCAUGAAUGCCAUGAUUCUGUGCAACUACAACAUGGAGAUCUUAGCUAUUGAUGCCACUCAUCCCGGUUCCUGCAAUGACUCCUUCAUUUGGAACUACUCUUCUGCUAAAGAAUAUUUGUCCAAGAACAUCAACGAUAAAUUUGUUUUGGCUGAUUCGGAUUACGCUCUAGGGACUUUUGUUCUGACUCCCUAUAAGAGCGCCGAAAUAGGCACUCAUCAGCAGAGAUUCAACGUACGGCAUUCUGAGGCACGACAAAUCAUGGGACGCACAAUUGGAGAACUCAAAAGCCGAUUCCGUUGCUUGCAACGCACUUUGACUUAUCAGCCAAUAUUUUGUUGCCAAAUUAUAAAUGUAUGCUGUGCCCUUCACAACAUUUGCAGAAGACGUAAUGUCCCUAUCGGGGAGAAUAUUGGAUUUGUCGACCACCAGGACACCGAAACAACAGAAAAUGAAUUCGAAGAAACUGAAUUUGAAGAAACUGAAGAUACUGAAUCAUCUCUACGCGACGAAAUAGCUCUGGCUAUUCCUCAUUAAAAUA